UGAGAGAGCAACAACAAACAGCAACAAACAAAUGUAAACAAACAAAUGCAAAUAUGGAUCCAAAUCUUGAUGGACGAAUAUCUGGAAAAGAGAAAAAUUUAUUUUACAAUAGUUUAUCAAUAUUAUUAAAAGCUGUUGAAGGACAAAAAACAACAGUUGAUCUUCGAAAUGAAUCAUCAAUCUAUGGAUUAAUUGAACAAGCUGAUGGAUUUAUGAAUAUUGUUAUGAAAAAUUGUAUUUUCACGGAUCCAAGAGGUGAUAAAUUUAAAUACGACAUUUUUUUUGUUCAUUCAAGAAAUAUACGUCUUGUUCACAUCCCUCCAAAUAUUCCAAUAAUACCAGCUAUUAAUAGUCAACUUGGUGCUCUACGUGGUUCUGGUAAAUCAGAAAAAUCAAGACCAACAUUUAAAUCAAAAAGAGUUCAACAAAAACAAAAAGAAGAUCUUGAAAAUGUUAAUAAGCUAUUGGAACAACGAACAAUCAAGAAUGAUUAGAAUAAUUUAAAUGUAUAAAUAAUUAAUAAAUUUUUUUUUUCAUAUCUUUAUAUUUAAUAAUUAAAAUUCGUAAUAUUUUAUUUAU